CACCAAUUCUGCGAACAUGUUCAUUACGUUUGACGUCCGCCAGCCUCACUCACGUCAACACCACGAAUCAUCUCACCACGACCAUUGAGCAAUCGAGAGCACUGGCAACCACCCGUAAUCUUCUCGUACUACACAAAAACCGCAGAAAUGGAGAACGGAAGCAUCAGCCAGGGCGAGGGCAAGGACCCUUCCAGCUUCCUCAGCGACAUCAUCGGCAACCCCGUCACCGUGAAGCUCAACUCGGGCGUCGUCUACAAGGGUGAGCUGCAGUCCGUCGAUGGAUAUAUGAACAUAGCACUGGAGAAGACGGAGGAGUACGUCAACGGCGCCAAGAGGCGGUCGUACGGCGACGCAUUCGUGAGAGGAAACAACGUCAUGUACAUCUCUGCAGACUCCUAGGGAACGGCGGAUGAAAACAUGUCAACCAUGGAUCGAGAAGGGGCCGCGGGCUCGGGCUCGGGCUCGGGCUCGGGCUCGGGCACGGGGCAGAGACGUUGUUGAACUUGUUUCUCAUCAAGAAGCAAUUCAUCGCAGAGAGGAUCUAUGAAAUCAACCCAAAACAAAUAUAUACCCUCAAUUCCACAACCAC